GGGGAGUAGUAGUAAUGUUACUCCCCGGAUCUGGUAACAAUAAUGCACCACCAACAUACGUGGUCAUUGGCUGCCUGGUUUCCUUCUACAAAAACCGACACCGUUUGCUUUCGUGGUACACUGAUCUACUAGCUGUGUCAUCAACACAAACGGUAGUUAUACAACGUUUAGGUGCUCGAAACACCAUCAUUACUGCCAACCCACAAAAUGUCGAAUAUAUGUUGAAAACAAACUUCAUUAAUUUCCCCAAAGGAAAACCUUUUACCGAGAUUUUAAAGGAUUUUUUAGGGUGUGGGAUUUUUAACGUUGAUGGUGAUUUAUGGCAUUUACAACGUAAGUUAGCUAGCCAUCAGUUUAGUUCAAGAUCUUUGAAAGUACAUAUGGAAUCUACUGUGAAAGAAGCUGUUAAAACUAAGCUUUUACCUUUACUAGAUUCGUUGACGGAUGGUGACGUGGCGGUUGACUUACAAGAGGUAUUGAGAAGACUUGGCUUUGAUAUUGUGUGUAAGUUGUCUCUAGGGUUUCAUCCUUGUUGUCUGGGAAGUGAUAUUGUUUCUUUAAACGAAAUCGUACCGAUAUUGAAUGCUUUUGAUGUCGCGGGGGAGGUGAGCGCAAAACGGGCGGCGACGGUACUCGCCGCCACGUGGAAGAUGAAAAAAGUGUUUUGUGUUGGGUCAGAGAAGGUGUUAAAAGAUAGUGUUAAAAGGAUUCAUGAAUAUAUAGGUGAUAUAAUUCGUGAAAGAAAGAAAAAUGUGAAUUUAGGUAGUAAUUCUUGUGAAAAUAACCAAGAUCUAUUAAGCAAGUUGAUAGAAGAUGAAGCGAGUGAAAAUAUGAUAAGAGAUAUGGUUAUAAGUUUUAUUAUGGCCGGGAGAGAUACAACUUCAGCCGCGAUGACGUGGCUGUUUUAUGUACUCUCCCGACAUUCCCAUGUGGAAAGAGAGCUUGUCAAGGAAAUAAGGUGUAAAUUCAAAGAUGAUGAUCAAUUUGAAAACCUUAAAGAAAUGAAGUAUUUGCAAGCUUGCAUUUUAGAAACUAUGAGGUUAUAUCCACCGGUUGCAUGGGACUCGAAACAUGCUAUAGAUGAUGAUGUGUUACCGGAUGGGACACCUGUCAAAGCCGGUGAUAGGGUGACAUAUUUUCCUUACGGUAUGGGAAGGAUGGAGAGUUUAUGGGGUGUGGACCGGUUUGAGUUUAGACCGGACCGGUGGUUUGAUAACGAAUCGGGUGAGCCGAUGUUGAUACUAAAAGAGGUCUCGCAUUAUAAGUAUCCGGUUUUUCAUGCUGGUCCGAGGGUGUGUCUAGGGAAAGGGUUGGCUAAUGUUCAAAUGUGUUAUGUUGUGGCUUCUAUACUGACCCGGUUUGAGGUUAAACCGGUCAGACCGGAUGAGGAGGCAAUGUACUUGCCAUUGUUGACGGCUCAUAUGGAGGGUGGAUUUAAAGUGUUGUUACGAAAGAGAGGUUAAUUUAAUCAAUUACUAGUGGUGGCGGCCGCUUGGUAAGAUUGAUGAUAGGAAGAUAAAAGAUUCAAAGAACAUGUUGACAAAGUCAAAUGCUUUACAACACUUCUAUUAAUUUUGUCUUUCUGAUACUUA